AUGAAUCCGCACGCGGGAGAUAAGGAGUUGAGCGAUCUACUAGACUUCAGCGCGGUUAGUAUAAGUUGAAAAAUUUCUGUCACACUUGCAUUCGCAACUUGACUAGAUGUUGCGAUUAGCGAACGCUGUUGGCUGCACUUUAUUAACGAUCGUAUUUGCUUUGCGUGUUGGCAAUUUUUUUGCUCAGAUGUUCUCGCCGCCGGGAUCCAUGGUCGGCAGUAAAUCUAGUGGCUCUCUGACGGAAGCUGGGUUAUCGAGUUCCAUGCACGCAUCUCGAACAGGUGCCCUUUGCGUUUUGUUUGUCUGUCGUUCGCCAUGAAUUAAACUUGAUGCAUGGAGCUGAUAGAACCUGUUACUCUCACUAGAGUAGCUCGAACCGGUUCUUGGCUCCAAUGCACAUGCUUCUUUGCCAUCAGGACUUAAAAGUAUUGACUUUGAUGGCUGUAUUUUAUUUUUUCUUUUGUAGGUUCUUUAGACGAGACACCCACGUGGCAGGCCAGUUCUGUGUCGGCCUAUGAAGCUCGGGUAAGCAAGUAGUGAAUGCAGGAGCUAAAUCGGUGAUGUUACAUGCGCUUGAAAAUUAAAACAAAUCUUCAAAACAAAAGUCAUGUAAAACUCGGUUUACAUGUCAACAGCAGCAUUUAUUCAAAAUUAGGAUCACUAAAGCUACCGCACGUGCCCGAACGGAAACUCUAUAUUUUUAAGCAAUAAUUUGUUACUUUAUAAAGAUGCAAAAUAUUUUACUAACAAGUGGCCCUCUUAGUUGUGUAUGUUAGCGAAGCUCAUGCUGGUUGGAAAUGCCCUUCGUUUUUAUAACUCGGCAUUUUUAACACUUCACUGAGCAAAAGCUGAGCGACUGAAUAAAUAAAGCUACAAAUGAGUGAUCGUCUUUUAAUUUCACUCAUAUUUAUAUGCGUUUUUUUUUCUUUUUCAGGGUUACCAAACGGAUGGCCAUGGUGUCUACAGCACGAUCGACGAUGUUGAAAGCGACUUUAUUUCCCGCAAAGGAUCUAGCUUUGCAAGUUCAUAUCUCAGUUCAAAUUCGUUAGGAAUAGGUAAGAUGAUCUGUUAACAAAGAGAAAAAAAUUUCGGCGACAUUUUAAAUGCAAAAUUAUUCUUUAGCACUUUAAUGGUACACAGAUAAAGCUCUCCAUGUCUUUGCUUUGUUGUUGUUAUGUCGCUUGCAUGAAAGCCAUGCCUCGUUGCCUCUUUGAUAUUGUUCGGAUGAUCAAAACUCUUCUGAUCUAAACACUGACGCGUGCUUCAGCUCGAUCUCGUCAAAACUGAUCGUGAAAACCUUUGAACGACUUGAAAGGCAAGACAGUGGGAAAGCAAUCUCAACUUUGCAUGGAUACCCUUUUGAGAAAUUGAUUGCCUUGUUUUUCAGUGAAUUCACAAUGGUGGCGAUAAAUGUCGAACCCUUUUUAGCGGUUGAAACUGCUUUUCGCAUGAUAGAUUUUGCCAACCUAAGACGGUCAAAUCGGAGACGAAAUUAACGCAGAAGAGUUGUUUUAGAGGUUUCGAUUUCCUCCUUGAAUUUGCGAUUAUUUUAAUAUUAUAACUUGCGAUGCUUGGUAAAUAAAAUAACCACAUUUUAUUUUUGUUCCCUUCAAUAAUAUCGAGGCGUUGAAUUAAUUUAUUUGGUUGGGCAUUUAAACAAUAACAGCAUUUUCUCAUGAUUUUCCACUGCGCUGAAAGUGCUGAAAGAUUGAGUGAUUAUAUCAAAUGUAUAUUUUAUUCUAUGAGAAAUGUUUUCAUUCACCAUUGUCUGGGCAAGAAAGUAGAUAUGAUAAUGUCAGCGAAUAUGCUUACUCACUGUUAGCCCCACCCUCUGUUUUUUACGAAUCCUUUUUUCGCUCCGGGCUUAAACUUAUAGUCCUAUAGUACGUACCGUACUUCCAACUGGAUGCCACAGAUACCUUUUUCAAACACAUAUUACAAGGUUGAUUUGAUGUGAUGAAUAAAUCCGCUUUACAUCUUGUUAACUAAAACACUGUCACUUAUUCACACAUUAUUGCUUGUUGUUGGACCGUUUAUUACGCACUUGUUGCCAGUUACUGAAAUUCAUCAGGGUGGAUGACUCUUCGCCAGGUGAAAGUCUCAGUCAAUUAACACUGCAUUAAGUAAUGUAACAUAUUUUGAAGCGGUAAUUGGAUCAAAAGUAGUUGAUUUGGCAUUUUCUCUAAACUUUAAGCUCAGUUUAACGUUAAAAGAAUACAUCUGUUUACAGUGACAAGUUUUUGGUGCAAAUUAUUCGCUUUCAUAAACUUGGACAUAUUAAACAGUACAUGUCAUCUUGUACACACUGCAUUGGAGUUGUUCUCUAAGAAGUGACAUAAGUUAAAUACAGGUUUACCAGCUUUUAUAAAUUUCAUAUGCAAAUAUAUUUUUUAUUUGAUUGCUCUACACUGCAAAAUAAUGUGCUAUUGCUUUCCUAAAUGUGGGUUGAAUACUUUCCUGCAUAAACUAAACAUCUCAAAAAGGACAAUCUUAAAAGACAGAAUGCUGAAAUGGCUUGAUUCUGAAUAAACUGGCCAUAUCUGUUUCUUAGCAGUAAAUGAUGACAUCUUUGAGGCCCUCUGAGCGGGGGUGGGGGGGGAUGUAUGCCCCUAAUCUGAAUUUUAAAUAUGUUAAAUACAUUUGACGUGUGUUUUAAGGAGUUUGUCUUGUCCCUGUCAGUAUUUAACCCAUCUUUAUGUCAUUUGUUGACAUUUCAUCCAGUUUUAUAUUAUGAGGCCAUGUCUCUUGUCGGAAUUUUACCCUAACCGGCCCUCAUCAUUAAGAAAUGCAUUUUGAAUAUAAUUUUGUCCUAAAUAUUGGGUUCAAGUGUUUCCACUGCACUUUUUUAUGCAGAUUUACCUAGCAGAUAUUCUUUUGAAAAGGCAUCAACAAAACCUGGAUUGUAUCAACCCCUGAUAAUUACUCAAUCACGGGUUGAUGUCACUGCUGCUUUUUGAAAACAUAGGCACUUUUAACGUGCAUGAGCUAUUUUGAAUGCGUCAGUGUAACUGUACCAAGAAUGAUGAAGCUACCUUUUUCAUCCUAAAUAUAGACUGUUUUUUGUGCAAAACUGGGUAUUGCUGUACAUGAAUGAAAACACGAAAUGUUCAGCUAAGUCGAUCCUCAUGCUAUAUAUUCACUUUCCUCUGCCUUUCCCUGAUACAUCUAUUGCAAGUUAAGCAAACUGUUAAAGUACAAUAAAUAUCAAUUCACCAAACGUUGAUUAGAGGGAAAACUCUCUUUAGAGUUUCUUAAGAAAAUGUAGCUUAUCAAAUACCAAACAGUUACAAAAUAUCAGGAUCAUUGUGGUAGAUGGUUGCAUCAUCAUAAUUCAUGAGGUUUUCAUGUGCGAUUCUUCUCAAUGAAACAGUCUUUGACUCUGACAACUUAAUUUUUCAUGUUUUAAAAGCUAUUGCUUGUUAAAAAACAAGAGCGUUUACUUAAGGCAUUGGUUACAAAACCAAACAGGUCUUCAUACGUUCAAGUUACUAUUAUUACUUUGAAAAGCCAAUCUGCAUAAGAUGUACAGUCACACAUACAGCCAGCACGUGAAAGUGUUAGACUUUGCCCCCUUUUGUGGUUCGUACGUGAGGGAAUUCGAGUUAUCACAAAGUAAUCUAGUAAAUAGGAUUAUAAAAAAUAUCUGGUACACACAGUUUGAACGUGAAGAUGUUGAACUUUGCCCCUUUUACAAUUUGUACGAGAAAGAACACAUAUUGUUUACAAGAUUACUUUGCUCAAACGAUUUUUUAAACAAGUCACCUCCUUUUCAAACAUGUGCAAUUAAAUUAUGCAUCAUUUUAUGUUAAGAUUGUUACACUAACAUCAUUACUUUACUUCCAACAGAAUUGUCAAAUUGCUGAAAUACUGAUUUCUACUCAUCUCAUGUUAUUCCACUCAAUAAAACAAUCUCUAAUUAUUUCAUCACCCGGCUACUUCCAAGUUUAUUCGCUAACGCAAAAGUUACACACCUUAACUUAGCCACUGGGUAAAUUAAAUACAUUUUGAUUACUUUUAUGACAGCAAACAUGUAUUAGAUAUGGUUGCACUUAAGUUGCCGGAACAUGAAUUUAAAGGUUUAUUGAACAAUGUACAAGAGAAAUUAAGCAUGUUUGCGGAAGCAAUUUACUUGGUACAGCUUUAAAGAAUCAGCUCUUGUUCAAACUUCUAAAAACACAAACCCUGUACCUCCAAGUUAAAUUCAAUAUCUAAAUACCAAUUAUUAACGUUUCAUUUGUACACCUUUGAAAAUAUGAUUUUUUAUACUUCACUUUGUAGCAGGUGAAACAUAAUUGACGUAUGUUGUCCCGUUCACUAUGGCUGAGAUCAUAAAUGUCUUGAACCAGCAGUCACACUAAAAUAUAUGAACCCUUAAUUAAACAGCCGCAUCACUCAUCAUUUGAAUCAUGAAGAUAUUUCAAUGUUAUGCCUCUAAACACCUUUAGCUGUAAUUAAAGAUGACAAAAUUGUGAAGAACCAAAAUGGCAGUUUAAAGUACCUUUGUUUGACCUUUACCGCAGCAAUGCAAUGUUUAGAUGCCAAAAUCUCAUUGGUUCCUAGCAUAGUACCGCAUAGUACCUUCAACCUUAUUGGCCCCUGCAACACACAUCCAAACAGACAAAGCCAUAAAGAUACAUGCUUAAACCACUGACAUUUGAAGCAGGUGAAACAUAAUUCAUGUACAUUUUGCCGUUCACAAUAGCCGCAUAAGAUCAUAAAAUGUCUUGAACCAGCAGCCACACUAAAAAAUGAACCCUUAAACAGCUGCAUUACUGUACUCAGCUUUUGAAUCAAGAAGAUGUUUCAAUUUAUUAAAAACUGAAUUAUUGGAUAAUGCAAUUCUAGAGCGCUGAUCGGCUUAGCCAUCAUGGUAUAUGAGCCAUUAUACCAUGCUCUCCAAAUAGGGCAAUUGCACGUGUCUGCUCAAAAUUAAAAACAAGUUGAGAGUCGGUUGUUUUUACAAAUAAAAGUCGAGAAAAAUUCUCAAUAUUUUGUGGGUGUUUUUAAUAAAAUAAUAUUAUCAUUCCACUCGCGCUUGUUGGAUAUGUGAUGAUUAUAGCCAACUCAGUGCUACGUGCCUCGUUGGCAAGUUUGUUCACUUAUUCAUCGACAGACGCCCCUCAUUCUGUUUUGAGUCUCUUUAACCCUUUAAGCCCUAAGAGUGAUCAGCAUCAAAUUCUCCCUGUGAUAUCAAUGCUUUGUAAAACAGAGUGGUUAUGAAAAUUAUGGACAUGAUCACACAAAAUGAAUGUCCUUGUUAUUUUAUCAACUUCUCUCCACCACAUCUCUAGGAAAUGAAUAGGGGAAAAAAUGAGAAUUCAAAUUUUGAUCUUAGGGUUUAAAGGGUUAAAUAAGAAAGUUGGAGACGCACCUACACCUGUACACAGGAGUCACCUACAUCAGGCCAUUCUUUUUAUUUAUCGUUUUUUCAUAUACAAGUUUGCUAAAAAUAGCAUGCGGGUGAAAUUUACCUUCUACAGUGGCCACUCUCCUGGGCUAUUUAUCAAGCCAAAAACCCCUAUAAAUAGGCUUAGCCAAGAAGACAAUGAAAAUGUAUGUAGUGGUAAGGAAGCGGGGAGAGGAUGGAAAUACUGAAAAUAUGAUUUAAAAAAACAUUGUAUAUUGUCCUGUAUCAUUUAAGUGGAACAAAUUGUACUUUCACGAGACAUUAUUUAAACAUUUUGUGAUCUUAGCCUUCAUGGAGUUUAAGGGAAAAGUCAUUGUACACAGUCUCUUACAGAUUAACGAUAAGCAGUCUAUUUCAUACAGUGUACUUAGAAGUAAAGUAUUUGAUGGUUUGUAAAAGGCAACAGGAACUCUUGACUGUCUUUGUUUUCUAGCAGGAUACAGAGAUUCAGGGCUAACAGGAAGCCAGGUGGGUUUUACUUUAUUUCUAUUUUAAAAUGUUAAUAAUACAGCUGUGUGGUGUUCUACAGGUGACAAUUUAGACGGAAAUCACUACUCUAAUGCAAAACAGAGUUUCAUAACCAAGUGCGUACUGAUGGUAAACAGAAGGCGCCAAAAAAAUUAUGUCAUUGCUAGUCUGGGACAAGUGGGUUUUCUUGCUGGGCAAGUAACUUUUAAAACUUGCUUGGAAAAUGGUUGAGGAUCCAGGCAAGUCAUCAUCUAACAAAAUCAUUAACUAAGACAAGCAAGCAGUGGCCCCUGAGGCAAGAAAAAUGAGAGAGCUGCCUGCCCAAAACACAAGCUGCCCAUGCCCAUUGCAUUUUUUCAAAGUUUAUGUUUUCGUUAGAAAAUGACUUUUCUUUUGCCAGGGAAGGUCAGGAACAGCCCGCGUUUAACCUUGGGCUUAUUUUAACUUAACUGGGGCUAUAUUUUUUAAUUUGGAACUCUUAGAGAAAAGUAAAAACCAGUUGUUAUUGUUAUGAUAGUGUAAAUCAGCACCUGUACAGCUUUGUCUUUAAAAUAACGAAGAAACACACUAUAAAAAGCGCAGUCUUGCUAGAAAACGUGUUGCGUCAUAGAGUGAAAAGAACCUAGCUGAGAGGAGUACAAUCUUUAAUGGAUAACGUACAGUUUCUGAAGGUGAUUUCUUGGAAAAAGGUAGCCUUCUACAUGUAACAUGUCCAUGCUAUUUGUGGUACAGGGAUAAUUUCAUUUCAAACACAUAGUUAGGCCCUUGUUGUGGUUAACAGAGAAGCUCUAACAGUUGCCUGUUAGCUGCACAUUUGUGCAUUUUAUUUAAAAAAGUAGAAACCUCCUGAGUCAGCUCGUAAAAUCUAAUCUACGGUACUGUUAUAUUUUAUCAGAAUCCAAUUAAAUCUCAUGCCAUAGGAUAGUUGAAAGAGUGAGUUGAUGAGUCAUUUAAGCAAUGCUGCUUAAGAAUUUAAAAUUGUUUCUCAAGCCAUUACUGCAACGUUAGGAGAAUUCAUUAGAAGUAUUGUCAGCCAAUUUUGUACUGAUUAAAACAUAAGCAGCUAAAACUAUCAUAGUAGUCUAUCACUAACUGACAUGUUUUUGACAGGCUGGUCUGCCCCCACCAUUACAAAGCUCUCAUGAUGUUUCUCUGUCAAGUCCAGAUUGUAAGUACUUUAUUUGUUAA